UUUCCGAUCACCCCAAACAAGACCAUCAUCAUGCGGACGCUCGUCUUGGCUUCGUGGUGCUUCUGCCUUUUUGCAGCCGUCUCUUCGCAGAAUGUGGGCACUCAGGCAGUCGAAGAACCAUUGAACUUGCCCAUCUCAGUCUGCUCAGGCCCUGGUAACUGCCAAACAGAAGCCGAUGGUGUCGUCCUCGAUGCCAAUUGGCGCUGGACUCACACGACUACAGGUUACACCAAUUGCUACACCGGCAAUGUGUGGGACACUUCCCUCUGCCCGGAUCCGGACACUUGCACCACCAACUGCGCGAUUGAUGGUGUCCCAGUGGCUGACUGGACCGGAACGUACGGUGGCACUGUCUCUGGCAAUGCCCUCUCCCUUAAAUUCGUUACCCAGGGACCAUACAGCAAGAACAUCGGAUCCAGGACUUACCUACUUGAUUCUAGCAAACAAAGGUACCGCAUGUUCCAGUUGUUGAACAAGGAAUUCACCUACGACGUCGAUGUCUCGACCCUUGACUGCGGCUUGAACGGUGCUCUUUACUUCGUAUCGAUGGAUGCCGAUGGUGGUGCGGCCAAAUACCCGACCAACAAGGGAGGAGCCAAGUACGGCACCGGCUACUGCGACGCCCAGUGCCCCCACGACAUCAAGUGGAUCAACGGCAAAGCCAACAGCAAGGACUGGAAACCGAGCUCCAACGACGCCAACUCCGGCAAGGGCUACUACGGCAACUGCUGCGCCGAGCUGGACAUUUGGGAAGCCAACAAACAGAGCCAGGCUUUCACCACUCACCCUUGCACUACCAACGAUCAGACGCAAUGCGAAGGAACUGUCUGCGGUGAUAAUGACACUGGUGACAGAUACAACGGCAUGUGCGACAAGGACGGUUGUGACUUUGCCUCUUACCGAAUGAACGACCAUACCUUCUACGGGCCCGGCUCCGGUUUCCAGAUUGACAGCACUAGGCCUUUCACCGUUGUAUCCCAAUUCCUCACCACCGAUGGCACUGACAACGGAGACUUCAAGGAAUUCCGUCGUUUCUACGUCCAGGACGGACGUCGAAUUGAAAACUCUAAAGUCAAUUUCCCCGGUGUUACUCCCUACGAUUCCAUCACUGACCAAAUGUGCGCCGACACCAAGGCUCUCUUCGGCGAUUUGGACGACCACAAAAUCAAGGGUGGUUUGAAACAGAUGGGUGAAGCCAUGAGAAAGGGCAUGGUGCUCGUUAUGUCUCUCUGGGAUGACCACGAUGUCAACAUGCUCUGGCUCGACAGCAACUACCCACCCAAUGGUGACCCUAACCAGCCGGGAGUCGCUCGCGGGCCGUGUCCGACCACCUCAGGUGAACCAUCAGAAGUCGAAGUAACACAGGCCAACGCCGUGAUCAAGUUCAGCAACAUUAAAUUCGGACCCAUUGGUUCAACCGUUUAAAACUUUCACUGAUUUUCACGUCCCUCCUAAAAUGUUGAUUAUUCUGAUUUCCUUUGAGCAAUGAGAACUUCCAACUUAAUACAAAUUUUACUAAAAAGCA